UUAGCUUUAAAUUCAAAAAGAAAAUGAAAACUAUUCUAUCCAUCCAUCCCUCAUUCCCUCGGACUACAUGUGAAGCAGAGAAAGACGACUGCUCUUCUUGAGUUGCCCCCACGUUCUAUGCAUAAUUUGUGGGCAGACACACCUCCAUUUACAAGAAAAGAAGAGAGAGAGCACUGCCCUGAAAAAAACACCACUAGAAUUCAAAGUUUGCAACUUGGAAGAAACAAAAGUGCCAUAGAAAAUCUUCCUUUUGAAAGAGAUAGGUAAGACAUUCUUUAGCUUUUCUCUUCUGGGUCUUCUUUCUUGUCGUUUUGGUGACCUGGGUAAUGCUGCAUUUGCCCAUUAAAACGGGAAGACAAUAAUAGUUUUGGAGCCUAACUGGCCUAGUUGAUCUCAUUUUCUGUUCAAGACUUGUAGUUUUUUUGUAUCUGGGGUUUGCUCAUUGGGGACCUUUGAGAACCGGGUUUUGCUUGCUUUUUGCUAAUUUAUUAGGUUCUUUGAGUUGUGUCUGGGAGUUAGAGGAUCUAGGUGUUCCCAGUGAAGAAGACUUUUGCUUGAAUUUUUGUAUCCGGUUUUGUGUAUUUUUGUCAAUUGCUGAAGAGUCUGGGCAUCUGGCAGUGGAAGAGUUGACAAAGCUCGAGUCUUUUGUAUAUUUUGGAGUAUUGUAACUAACAGUUGAUGUUUGUGUGAUGAGCAGUUUGAGAUAUAGGUUUCAGUUAUUAGAUAUGGAUUUGUAAGAGAUUUAGGCAUAUUGUUAGAUAAAAACAUGGCUUCCCUAACACCUUCACCAGACUCUCCCCCCUCUCCAAUACCAAUCUCCACUUCACCACCAUCUCCACCGUCAACACCGGAUUCCACCACCAGUUCACCCCCUCCCUCAACAUCUCAGCCUGAUCAGACCACUGACCCCCCAGUGCCUUCAACACCAUCUACCCCUGCAACCCCACCUCCUCAAUCCCCACCACCAGCACCACCCGCUGCUUCCCCUCCAGCUCCACCACCACCAUCACCAAUAAUUCCCUCAACACCUCCACCAUCUGCCCCACCACCAUCACCCCCGGCAUCUCCACCACCGGCCCCUCCAGCUUUAACCCCGCCAUCACCACCUACUGCGCCUCCCCCAGCUUCUACCACUGCACCACCCCCUCCACCACCGAUAAGCACCUCCCCUCCUCCACGUGCCUCUCCAACGACUCCUGUAACCUCCCCACCUCCCCCUCAAGCUGUCUCCCCUUCUCCACCUCCUCCUGCAAAUGACCCUAUACCCCCUGCCACUAAUUCGCCUCCUCCUCCAACAGAAAAGCCGCCUGAAAGCCCCCCUGCGCUUCCAACAGUUCCUCCUCCACCACCUAGUUCUCAAUCUGAUAGUCCUCCACCUUCUCCUCCUCCUCCAAUAUCCACAUUGCCAUCGCCGCCCCCAUCAAUUCCCUCGACCUCAUCAACACCUCCUGCAAUAUCUCCUCCUGCUCCUCCAGUCAAUUCAUCAGUGACGGGAAGUCCUACCCCACCCAUUCCUGCUAUUCCAACAGAGAAACCAACUGCAAGAGCAACCAAUGGAACUGACGUCUCCACAAAUACCUCAUCCGCUGGUCCAAGGGGAUUAAACAAUGGAGGUGCAGUCGCAAUAGGCAUUGUGGCUGGGUUUGUAGUACUCAGUCUUCUAGUUGUGGCCGUAUGGUUUGCACAAAAGCGAAAGAGAAGACAAGGAGAAAAUGUUGGUUACACUAUCCCUUCGCCAUUUGCCUCCUCACAAAAUUCAGAUUCAGUAUUUCUAAAACCUUAUCCUCCAGCUCCCCUGGUUGGCAGUCCUUCUGGCAAUGAUUUCAUGUAUUCACCAUCGGAGGCAGGUGUAGUAAAUAAUUCAAGGCAAUGGUUCACAUAUGAAGAACUAGUCCAAGCCACAAAUGGGUUUUCAGCACAGAAUCGUCUAGGUGAAGGUGGAUUUGGUUGUGUAUACAAAGGUGUCCUUGUAGAUGGAAGAGAUGUUGCAGUAAAACAAUUAAAGAUUGGUGGUUCUCAGGGGGAGCGUGAAUUCAGAGCAGAGGUUGAGAUUAUUAGUAGAGUGCAUCAUCGGCAUUUGGUUUCAUUGGUGGGUUACUGUAUAUCUGAGCAUCAAAGACUGCUUGUCUAUGACUACCUUCCCAAUGAUACUCUUUAUUACCAUUUGCACGGUGAAGGCAGACCAUUUAUGGAUUGGGCAACAAGGGUCAGGGUUGCUGCUGGUGCAGCUCGUGGCAUAGCUUAUCUGCAUGAAGAUUGCCAUCCACGCAUUAUUCACAGGGAUAUCAAGUCAUCUAACAUCCUUCUUGAUGAAAAUUUUGAAGCUCGGGUUUCAGAUUUUGGGCUUGCUAAGAUAGCGCUGGAACUGGAUUCGAAUACUCAUGUAUCCACACGUGUAAUGGGAACCUUUGGGUACAUGGCUCCAGAGUAUGCAACAAGCGGAAAGUUGACUGAAAAAUCUGAUGUUUAUUCCUAUGGGGUUGUGCUGUUGGAGCUAAUUACAGGCCGUAAGCCUGUGGAUGCCUCUCAGCCACUGGGUGAUGAAAGCCUUGUUGAAUGGGCUCGGCCAUUGCUUACCAGUGCAAUUGAAAAUGAAGACUUUGAAGCAUUGGCUGAUUCAGGGCUGGAGAAGAACUAUGUUCCAAGUGAAAUGUUUCGGAUGAUUGAGGCAGCUGCAGCUUGUGUGCGUCAUUCAGCUGCAAAAAGGCCGCGGAUGAGUCAGGUGGUGAGAGCCUUGGACUUGUUAGAUGAGUCAUCGGAUCUAUCUAAUGGAAUGAAACCUGGUCAAAGUGAAAUAUUUGAUUCAAGACAACACUCUGCGCAAAUCAGAAUGUUUCAGAGGUUGGCAUUUGGUAGCCAAGAGUAUAGUUCAGAAUUUUUUGAUCGCACUCAGAGUAGCUGGAGGAGUAGAGAUCAUGGGGAUUCUGUUUAAUCCUCAAAUUCUUUGCCGUGCCGAAACUCAUGUUAAUCCUACAUUUCCAUUUAACAUGGAAUUUGGUAACAGCUGAUUUGGAAAGACAGCACUCGGUCUUGGAUUUUGAGACCCUUGAUUGAGAUCUCAUUCAAUUUUAGCUAGAGUUGCUAUUACCUAUUCAUGUACAAUAUCUUCCCUUUACUAGAAUUGUUUUCCUUGUUAACAAACACGAUUUCGCCUGUAUGGCUGCCUCAUUCUGUAUUCUUUAUGGCUUAAAUUCAUUUAUAGAGUCCAUAUUGGUAUUUAUAUAUAUUAGAGCAGUGAAAAUCCC